AUGGACGCCGCCACAACGCGAGCUCACCUCAAGCGCAGCUUCGUCUGCUCGACCUACACCACCCUCCGCACCCUCCUCCCGCUCCUCCCAGGUCACCCUCUCAACCCUCGACCGCCGCCUGGAUCGACCACACCACCUCAGCGACCCCGCCUCAAGUCGGCUCAGCGUUUCGCCGCCUACCUCGCCGCCUCGGACAUUCUCGCCGUUAUCGUCCUCGUCAUCGAGGUCGCUCUCGCCGUCGGGCGCAACGUCGAGCUCGGCGCAUCCAGGGGCGCGGCAAGCCGGCUCUACCUCGCGACGACCGCUCGACCGACGCUCCUCCUCGUCGUCGCCAUCCUCAGCUACACCAACGUCGUCUUUGGGCGCUCGAUCGAGCUCGGUCGCGCCGACUGGAUCGUCUGGCUGCCGGCCCUGUGCCUGUACGGCGUCGGAGCCGGACUCGCAGCGCUGCCUCGUGCAGAGAGCCGCAACGUCUGGAUCGGUCUCGCGAGCUGGCUCUCGGUCGUCACCCUCAUCAUCACGGUCUGCUUCGGCCGCCUCCUCGUCGCCAUCCUGCGCGUCCGCCGCAUCACGCAGCGCGAGCAGGCCUUUUCGCCGUUCGCCCAGCAGCAGCAGUACCGCGUGCCCGUCUCGCAGGGCGACAUGCCGUACGACCCGACGCUGCCCGCCUUGCGCCACAACUUCUCGGGCCUGUCGACCUCGUUCGUCCACUCGAUCGGCCGCUCGACCUCGACGCUCGACGUCCUCAACGCUCGGCCGUCCAUGGCGCCGUCCUGUACUUCGACCGAGGACCUCCACUUUGAUCACGCCCGCGAGUUUCGCUCGCCCACGCCCGGGUCGGCGCACCUCCUCCUGUUCGACCGAUCGACGACCGCCACGCCCGCCUCGUACCUGUCGGGCCGCAAUACGCCGCAACUUGGUCCUCGGCUCCCGGCGUUCGAGGACGAGCGCGAGGUCAUUGCCGGUGCGCGCGGCGACGAGGGCGGCGGCGGCAGCACGCGCCGCAGCGAGUCGGUCCGGUCGAGGGUCUCGCUCAGCUCGAUGACGUCGCGCGCCUCGACGUACCUCGCGCCGAGUGCGCUCGUCGGCGGCGGCGGCGGCGCGGCGGUGCGCAACGCGCUCCUGAAGGAGGCGUGGGGCGGGCAGACGCCGCCUGGCACGGGCCACGCGCCCAAGGUCGAGCUCAGCUCGAGGGAGGCUCGAGGCGCGCUCGUGCGCAUCGGUGGGCACCUCCUCUGCGGCCUUGUCAGCUACGCCCUCGUCUCGCCCUUCGUCUUCCGGCGCCUCGUCCGCGCGAGCGCCGCCGCACCUCUCGCCACCUCAAUCCUCCUCAUCCUCGGUGUCGCCCAACCCGCCGUCAUCCUCGCCUGGCAGUGCUGGGCGAGCGAGGGCUUCUGGUUCCGCCGACCGGCGCCACCCGUCCUCACCUCGUCGACAGCGGCGCAUUUCGAGGGCGUCACCGUCGAGUCGACCCGGGCGAGCGGCGACAUGUACGAGCGCUCGCAGAGCCGCGCCUCGACGCCCAUGUCGUGGCGCACGGUCCCGCCGGGCAUUUCGCCCGACGGCGAGGACUGCGCCCCGGCGCCGCGCGGCACGAUCGGGCGUGCCGUCUCGAUGCUCGCGACGCACCCCAAGCUCCAGGUGCUCCCGAGCGACGGCGCCGAGCCGUACUCGAUCGCGUCGGGCUUCGCCAAGUCGGCGUCGGCCGGGCACGCCCGCCUGCGGUCGCUCAAGCUCUCCAAGACGACGCUCGGCGAGCUCGGCGCCGCGGGUCGCGCUCGUUCGUACAGCAUCACGAGCCGCAAGACGGUCGGCGGGUUCGAGCACGCGCGCAGGGCGUCGGCGCCCGUCCACGUCGCGACGGCGACCGACGAGCUCAUCGCCCUGUCGCUCCUGCGCACGCGCAAGCCGUCGACCGACGAGCCUCGCCUUCCCGACAAGCCUCGAGUGCCGUUCGGGUUCGCUCGCUCGACGCUCGACGUCGUCGGUCGCGCGAGGAGCCGCUCGAGGUCGCGCUCGCCGUCGCCGGCCAUCACGCCGACCGACUUCCACUUUUCGACCCGCGAGUUUAGCCUCACGCCCACCUCCUCCAUCGCGCCCGCCUCGCCGCCUCCUACCCAAAUGCCAGCGCCGCACGAUGCCCUGCCGACGAUCGACUACUUGUCGGCGCACGUCCUCCCGCACCUUGUCCCGUCAAUCAAGCUCGGCAGCAACGUCAAGGUCGGCCCCAAGGACGCGCCGAUGCCUCGUCGCCCGUCGAGCGUCGCCGCCGCACCUCUCGCCGCGACGCACGCCUCGGGCUCGCUCGGCGUCCGCUCGGCGAGGUCGCUCGCGGCCUUCUCAAACGGCGGGUCGCUCGGCGCUCGCAGCGCACGGGCUCGCCGCCGCAUGUCGCUGCCCCUGUUCGUCCAGCAGCAGUCGCCGAGCGCGCCGAGGCCGUCGCAGGACGUCUGGGUCGCCGUCGACGAGGCGCCGGCGCCGGCGGCCAACGCGGCGCAGGAGGAGGUCCGAGCGGCCUCGCGGGAGGAGGCUGCGCCGCCCUCGCCGCCGACGCUUCAUGCGCCGUCGUCGGUCGACGGCGUCGACGCGCGACGAGCCAGCAGCUCGCAGGGCGGCAGCGCCAAGAAGUGGGACGAGGUCGAAGCGGCGGCGAGGGAGGUCGAGGCGGCGGUCGAGGCGCUCGGCUCGCGCAGCCCGUCGCCGGCCGUCCCGCGCGAGUCGACGGGACGUCUUCUUCCCAGGACGGCGUCGAGCGGGACGCUGCUCGACAUCUCGUUCGAGUGGGAGUGCGAGACGUCGGUCGAGGUCCUCGACGACGAGGCGGGCACGCUCGCCGACGAGUCGUCCUCGUCCGACGACGACGACGACGGCGACGACGCAGGCGCCGAGGCGACCGGGCCCGAGGUGCACCGGCAUGCCCGUCGACUCGGGCCGCCCUCGUCGCCGCUCUUCUCGCCGACGACCUCGAGCUUCGGGUCGCUCUACCUGUCGUCGCCGAGCGCGCAGCCUCGUCGCUCCCCUGCCGGGUCGGUCAUCCUGCGUGGCUCGCACGUCAUGAGCGAAGAGGACGUCGAGGACGCCCUCACGGGCACGGUCCACUGCGCGACGGUCCGCCCGAUCGGCCGCGACUCGGACUCGGACGCCGCCGAGCUCUCGAGCUUCGGCCUGCGCCCGACCCACCCCGCCGUUGCCUCGAUCGGCUCGGCGGGCUCGUUGGCCAUGUCGUCGGACUACUCGUCGCUCGCCACGUCGCAAGAACGCCGCAACAUGCUCUCGAACGAGCCCUGGCACGUGUUCUCGAGCGACGGCGGCAUCGUCUCGGCCAAGCAGGGCAGCCGGCGCGCGCUCCCCGUUCCGCCCCGUCGCCGGUCUUUCCUCGGCCAGCGCGACCUCAACGACGGCAUGUCGCUCUCGGACGACGACGACGACGACGACGACGACGACGACGACAUGCGCGAGACGGUCAAGGUCGUGCAGCUUUGCGGCGCCAACGACGAGCGCGACUCGAGAGCGGCAUCGUCUUCUCGCUCAAGCGCAUCUCGUCCCUCGACGUCAGCGAUACCGCCGGCGCUCGAGGACCUCGCCAGAACCUCGUCCUCGUCGCUGUCCGCGGCACCGCCAAGGGCGGCGAGGCAGCUCGUCGAGCGCUCGGCAACAGGCUCGUGCGCAAAGCGAGCGACGUCGCCGUUCGAGCGCGCGAGCGGUUCUGCGUCCGGGGCCGCCCAGUCGAGCAGUACGACCCUCGUCACCUCGACCAUGACAUCAACCGCCGGGCCGCACGAGGGUCGCGCCGUCGGCGAGCGCGUGCCGGACGAGAACGUCGACCCGAGGUAGGUUGGGUCGCUCGCCGGUUUGCGCUCAAGGCCGCUCCCGGCGCCGCCGCGCCGCCGCCCGGAUGGUCAUGGCGGUCUGUGCGGUCCGCGUUGAGCACUCUCGCCGUAGCUCUCGUUCGUAGCUUGUACGUGCGGCGCCAGUCCGA